AAGAAUCUCAACAAGAGGAGUUUCAAGUUAUGCAACAAGAAGAAUCUCAACGGCAAGAGAACUUUCAAGUUAUACAACCAGAUGAAUCUCAAGCUAUACAAUAUAAAGAGUCUCAAGUUAUGCAAUAUGAAGUUCAAAUUACACUACAUAAAGAAUUUCAAACUAUACAACAAGUUACGCAAGAUACUUCUUCAGUCAUGCAACAUGAAUUUAAUUCUACUACUACACAAGUUUCACAUCAAAUUAUUCACAAAAAAAAAACCAAAGCUUAUAUGCAAAGAAAUUCAAGCGAAGUUAAACAAGCCAUUUUGAAUUUCAUUCAAAAAUAUUCAAGACCAAACUCAACAUAUUGA